AUGAAAUCAAGGCUUCUUGAAGAAACUAUCAGCGAACACGAACCAAAAUUAAAAAAGAAGAAAAUUGAAAGCCUUCAUGAUGAAGAGAAUGAUGACUCUGAAAAUCUCACAAGAUUGGUAUUUCUUGAUGGAGUGGAGAAUCAUUAUACGAAUUCAAUGCUUCGGGAGAAACUCCACACUCCAACAAUAACUUGUUUGGAAGAGACUAGUCUCAUCACUCUUAAAACCUUUAAAUUAUCGGAAGAAGACUAUGGCAUACCAUCCAUAACAAUACAUCCCACCAAAAGGUGGCUACUUGCCGCCAACAACAAGGCUUCAAUUCUUAUUGUUUGUUUAGAGAGUGGAAAUGUUCUAUAUGAUAUUAAUCAUUUCCAUGGAAAUGUGAUAGCAAUGCACAUUGUAGAAAAUGGUGAUGGGAAAGAAAUCUUGUAUACUAUUUCGCAAGAUUAUUGUUUGAUGAAAAUUCUACUUGAUCCAGAUCAGAAGUUCCCAAUUAUGAAAGAAGUAGAACCAGUAAUGGAUGCAGAUAGCUUUACUUGUGCAAAUUUGGAAUUUAUUGGACCUAGAAAUGAGUUAAUGGUUGUGAACUUUGGAAAAAUUCUAGUAUUUGAUGGAGAUAGCUUGGUGUUCAAGUAUACAUUUAUUGAUGAUGACGCACAAUAUGUUGUUCGUUAUUAUCCCCAUUCUGAUUAUUUGUUAGUGUUUGGUAAUGGCCAUAGUUCGGAGCAUUAUGUGAGAAAAUAUUAUGGUCCAACCUUUGCAAAGAGUGAAAUAUUAUUUUCUGUAGAACAAGAUGAUCGUAUUGGGAUGGUGGAAUUAAUGUUUGAAAUGGAGCUUGAUAAGUUUCAUGUCCUUAGAUAUGAGGACGGUCUGUAUCUAAUUGACAAAUCCAGUCACAUGGUUAUCAAAAAAAUUGGAGAUGAUGUACUGAUGGAGGCUUACGCAUACGAUAGAGUUUCUAAAACCAUAUUUUCAUGUGGUAAGGAGCAAGUGUAUCAAUUAGAAUUGAAAUUAGACACUUACUCUAUAGAUAAACCUUUGGGUGAGGAAAUAUGUUUGCAAUUGGAAAGACUUGGAGCAAAGUUACCCCAAGUGAUUGUGAGGGAAAAUAAUGUGCCAAACGUUGUGAGCUUUCUAGCAAAUAUGAACUUUGGAUUUAAACAACUUGUAGAAUUUAAGGGGUUUAAGGAUGUUUCAGUAAUUUCCGAGUUUGUGGAUUGUGACCUUAAGCAAGUAGUUGACGAGCUAAAAUCUAUAGAUUUUACUAUUGCAUUGCAAAAUAUCAAACCAGAUUUAGAGUAUUUAUCCGAUUAUUUGCCAAUUGAUCAAGUUCACAUUAUUGGUGCAAACUCAAUUAGUCCCGAUGAUUACCAUUUAGCAGUAUUGCAAUCAGAUUUGCAACAAAACGGAAAGAAUUUGACAGAUUUCCCAGUGUAUCUUUGUGUACCACAAGAGUUCACUGUCAAAUGUAAAUUAUCAGAUUUUCUGGACACUUUAAAACCAUGCGUUAGUGUGGGUCUUGAAAAUGAUUAUUAUACAAAAGAGAUCAAAUUUAACUUGCAAGAAAUGUACAAAUCUUUAAAUAAUAAUUCAUUAAUUGAUCCACAAACUCUUGAGCUCGAUUCUGGAAAGUUAUUGGACGUUUAUAGAAAUAUUACAUUGUCACCUAAUUUUGGAGACUUGCUAAAGGUUUUGAAAAAGUUCAGGAAGAAUGUGGUGAUCUUUAAUAAUAAGGAAUAUUUAUUAAUGGAUUUAUUGGCAUUGGCUAUCGAAAAAGAAGUAUUUAGUUUCCACAAUGACAUUUACGAGGAUUAG